AUGACGACGGUCACCAUCAACGCCAGUGAACGCACAUAUGAUGCCCGCCGGCCUGGAACACCGGCACCGUACACCCCGCUCUACCCUGCGCCGAUCACAGCGGCCAGCUCCGCCAACACCACUUCUCCCACUCCCACCACCGAUGAGGCGGUAUCCGAGGUCCCGUCACCCACUGCCUUCAUCACUACCGUCCCCACAACUAGCAGAACGGACUUGACCUCAACCCGUCCUCAUCGAAACCGCAUAUUUAGUUCGAACAUCGGUCUUGCGAGUCCAUCGCACAGCGACCAAUGA